CGUUGCCGCGCAGUCAUGGCGGUGCCGAACGGGGCCGGGGCCGCGGCCGGGACGGGCCCGGGGCUGGGCCUGGGGGGCCCGGCGGGGCCCGGGGGCACCGGGGGCGGCCUCAGAGCCGCGGCCGGGCUCUACGAGCAGCUCAAAGGCGAGUGGGGCCGAAAAAGCCCCAACCUGGCCAAGUGCGGGGAGGCCCUGGGCAGGCUCAAGGUCGCUCUGCUGGACCUGAAUUUCCUGCCGACCUCAGGAUCUUCCAUGACCAAGCAGCAGCUGCUCCUGGCCCGGGACAUCCUGGAGAUUGGGGCUCAGUGGAGCAUCCUGAGGAAGGACAUCCCCUCCUUUGAGCGCUACAUGGCACAGCUCAAGUGCUACUACUUCGACUACAAGGAGGAGCUGCCCGAGUCAGCAUCGCGGCACCAGCUGCUGGGGCUGAACCUGCUGUUCCUGCUGUCCCAGAACCGCGUGGCCGAGUUCCACACGGAGCUGGAGCGGCUCCCGGCGCCCGACAUCCAGGGCAACCUGUUCAUCAGGCACCCCGUGUCCCUGGAGCAGUACCUGAUGGAGGGCAGCUACAACAAAGUGUUCCUGGCCAAGGGCAACAUCCCAGCAGAGAGCUACACCUUCUUCAUCGACAUCCUGCUGGACACCAUCAGGGAUGAGAUCGCUGGCUGCAUCGAGGCCGCCUACGAGCGGAUCCUGUUCCCCGAGGCCGCGCGCAUCCUCUUCUUCAGCUCGCCCCGCAAAAUGACCGACUACGCCAAGAAGCGGGGUUGGGUGCUGGGCCCCUCCAACUAUUACAGUUUUGGGGGGCGGCAGCAGAAGGCCGAGGACCCCCCGAUCCCCUCGACAGAAUUGGCCACGCAGGUGAUCGAGUACGCCCGGCAGCUCGAGAUGAUCGUCUGAGGGCACAAAAACUGAAUUUGCCCCUCCA